AUGUCCGCAGGAGAGGCACCAGGACGCGGCGUGGAGAGAGCGCCUGGAGACAGGGGUCCGCGGCGGAGGAGCGACGCAAGGAUAGGAGGCUCAGAGGAGGCUCGGAGGAGACACAGAGGAGGUUCAGAGGAGGCUCAGAGGAGGAUCAGAGGAGGUUCAGAGGAGGCCCACAGGAGGCCCACAGGAGGCCCAGAGGAGGCCCACAGGAGGCCCACAGGAGGCUCAGAGGAGGUUCAGAGGAGGCGCAGAGGAGCUUCAGAGGAGGCGCAGAGGAGGCACAGAGGAGGCGCAGAGGAGCUUCAGAGGAGGCGCAGAGGAGGCACAGAGGAGGCUCAGAGGAGACACAGACCGUGUACAGAUUCUGUGGAGGCUCCUGCAGACGCCAUGAUGCCAGAGCGCCGUGAGAGUGCAGUGCGUCUUCAGUGCGUCUUCAGUGCGUCUGCAGUGCGUCUGCAGUGCGUCUUCAGUGCGUCUGCAGUGCGUCUGCAGUGCGUCUGCAGUGCGUCUGCAGUGCGUCUGCAGUGCGUCUGCAGUGCGUCUGCAGUGCGUCUGCAGUGCGUCUGCAGUGCGUCUGCAGUGCGUCUGCAGUGCGUCUGCAGUGCGUCUGCAGUGCGUCCGCAGUGUGGACCAGGUGUGGACCAGGUGCGGACCAGGUGUGGACCAGGUGUGGACCAAGUGUGGACCAGGUGCGGACCAGACGUGGACCAGGUGUGGACCAAGUGUGGACCAGGUGCGGACCAGGCGUGGACCAGGUCUCCUCCUUCACCUCCUCCAUCACCUCAUCACCUCCUCCAUCACCUCCUCUUCACCUCCUCCAUCACCUCCUCAUCACCUCCUCCAUCACCUCAUCACCUCCUCCAUCACCUCCUCUUCACCUCCUCCAUCACCUCCUCCAUCACCUCCUCAUCACCUCCUCAUCACCUCCUCAUCACCUCCUCCAUCACCUCAUCACCUCCUCCAUCACCUCCUCCAUCACCUCCUCUUCACCUCCUCCAUCACCUCAUCACCUCAUCACCUCAUCACCUCCUCCAUCACCUCAUCACCUCCUCCAUCACCUCCUCUUCACCUCCUCCAUCACCUCCUCUUCACCUCCUCCAUCACCUCAUCACCUCCUCCAUCACCUCCUCCAUCACCUCCUCCAUCACCUCAUCACCUCCUCCAUCACCUCAUCACCUCCUCUUCACCUCCUCCAUCACCUCAUCACCUCCUCCAUCACCUCCUCUUCACCUCCUCCAUCACCUCAUCACCUCCUCUUCACCUCCUCCAUCACCUCCUCUUCACCUCCUCCAUCACCUCAUCACCUCCUCAUCACCUCCUCCAUCACCUCAUCACCUCCUCCAUCACCUCCUCUUCACCUCCUCCAUCACCUCAUCACCUCCUCCAUCACCUCCUCUUCACCUCCUCCAUCACCUCAGCACCUCCUCCAUCACCUCAUCACCUCCUCCAUCACCUCCUCUUCACCUCCUCCAUCACCUCAUCACCUCCUCCAUCACCUCCUCUUCACCUCCUUCAUCACCUCAUCACCUCCUCCAUCACCUCAUCACCUCCUCCUUCACCUCAUCACCUCCUCCAUCACCUCAUCACCUCAUCACCUCCUCCAUCACCUCAUCACCUCCUCCAUCACCUCCUCAUCACCUCCUCAUCACCUCCUCCAUCACCUCCUCAUCACCUCCUCAUCACCUCCUCAUCACCUCCUCCUUCACUUGUGGCAGUCUGAAGCUGCCCUGUCCUGUGGCAGUGUGGCAGUCUGAAGCUGCCCUGUCCUGUGGCAGUGUGGCAUGUGGCAGUCUGAAGCUGCCCUGUCCUGUGGCAGUGUGGCAGUCUGAAGCUGCCCUGUCCUGUGGCAGUGUGGCAGUGUGGCAGUCUGAAGCUGCCCUGUCCUGUGGCAGUGUGGCAUGUGGCAGUCUGAAGCUGCCCUGUCCUGUGGCAGUGUGGCAGUCUGAAGCUGCCCUGUCCUGUGGCAGGACCCUCACAGCGUUGCCAGGGACCCUCACAGCGUUGCCAGGGACCCUCUCAGUGUUGCCAGGGACCCUCAGUGUUGCCAGGGACCCUCACAGCGUUGCCAGGGACCCUCAGUGUUGCCAGGGACCCUCUCAGUGUUGCCAGGGACCCUCAGUGUUGCCAGGGACCCUCACAGCGUUGCCAGGGACCCUCAGUGUUGCCAGGGACCCUCACAGCGUUGCCAGGGACCCUCAGUGUUGCCAGGGACCCUCUCAGUGUUGCCAGGGACCCUCAGUGUUGCCAGGGACCCUCACAGCGUUGCCAGGGACCCUCUCAGUGUUGCCAGGGACCCUCACAGCAUUGCCAGGGACCCUCAGUGUUGCCAGGGACCCUCACAGCAUUGCCAGGGACCCUCAGUGUUGCCAGGGACCCUCACAGCGUUGCCAGGGACCCUCUCAGUGUUGCCAGGGACCCUCACAGCGUUGCCGGGGACCCUCACAGCGUUGCCAGGGACCCUCUCAGUGUUGCCAGGGACCCUCACAGCAUUGCCAGGGACCCUCAGUGUUGCCAGGGACCCUCACAGCGUUGCCAGGGACCCUCAGUGUUGCCAGGGACCCUCACAGCGUUGCCAGGGACCCUCUCAGUGUUGCCAGGGACCCUCACAGCAUUGCCAGGGACCCUCAGUGUUGCCAGGGACCCUCACAGCGUUGCCAGGGACCCUCACAGCGUUGCCGGGGACCCUCACAGCGUUGCCAGGGACCCUCAGUGUUGCCAGGGACCCUCACAGCGUUGCCGGGGACCCUCACAGCGUUGCCGGGGACCCUCACAGCGUUGCCGGGGACCCUCACAGUGUUGGGACCACGCUAA